UUUGUCACACUGUUAUCACAUUUACUAUUGCAAGCUAUGUGUUUACUAGGUGGGCAUGGAACAUCAAGUAAGUGAAUCAACUUUGCUCACCUAUCUGACCACAGGAUGCCUUUUUGAAGCAUUAGUAGCCAAAAAAUCCCUUGAAGGCUAUACCCACAUCAUUAUUGACGAAGUGCACGAGAGGGAUGAAGAUACUGACUUCCUUCUCUUGGUCGUCCGCAAGUUCCUCCGUCAUACGAGGACGACAACUAAAGUCUUUCUGAUGUCAGUUACUUUUGAUGCCGACAAAUUUGGCCAAUAUUUCAAUAGCCCCGUCAUUGGAAACUUUCCGUUCACGUCCAAAAGACCAUUUCGCAACGCUCCCAUAAUUGAAGUGGAGCACGGUGAACCUCACGACAUACGCGUUUAUUAUAGUGAACAUCUUCAAAAACUAGAGUUUCUAGGGGGAGUAUGA